CUCCAGCCCUCACGGGCCCCCGACAGCUUUGUGUUCAGUCACAAUGGCGCGUUACCCAGCGACCGUUUAAACCGCGUGAGCGAGCGCAGUGUCACUCAACGAGAGAUAGUUGUAAACCCCAACGGACUGCUGCGACAGUCUGACAUGCGUGGCGAAAAUAUUGUUGGGUGAGCAGUGUUACAGGGAUGCACUGGAGCAGUGUCAUAACUAUAAUGCUCGUCUGUGUGCAGAGAGGAGUGUGAGGAUGCCCUUCCUCGACUCUCAGACAGGUGUCGCCCAGAGCAACUGUUACUUCUGGAUGGAGAAAAGGCACAGAGGACCAGGUGUGGCUCCAGGUCAGUUGUACACAUAUCCAGCACGACGUUGGAGAAAGAAGAGGAGAUCUCACCCUCCAGAGGACCCUCGUCUGGCCUUCCCUGCUCUAAAGUCCGAGCUGGAUCUGGGACUUAAGAAGGACGUUUUCUCCAGUGACGGCAGUAGCAGCUUAGAAGCCCUUCUGAAGGGAGAGCCAUUGGAUAAGAGAUCCGGAUUAGAGCUCCGCUCAGGGGAAGAAGAGUCCAGCUCAACUGAGUUCUCCACUGGGGGACAGAACCCCACUGCCAGGGUUCGCAAGAGAAUUUUGGAACCAGAUGAUUUUCUUGAUGAUCUGGAUGAUGAAGAUUAUGAAGAAGAUACUCCGAAAAAAAGAAAAGGCAAGGGGAAGGGUCGUGGUGUUAACAGUGCCAGGAAGAAGUUGGAAGCAGCAGCAGCUGCGUUGGAGGAUCGGGACAAACCGUAUGCAUGUGACAACACUUUCAAACAAAAGCAUAUUUCAAAAUCUUCCGAAAGAGUCUGUGGAAAGCGCUAUAAAAACAGGCCUGGUCUCAGUUAUCAUUAUGCCCACUCUCACUUGGCUGAGGAGGAGGGGGAGGACAAAGAAGAGAUGGACGUUCGUGAACCGACCCCACCCCAACCGGACGAACCGAAGACUCCUAAAAGGGGCCCAGAUGGUCUGGCUUUGCCGAACAACUAUUGUGAUUUCUGUUUGGGAGAUUCUAACAUGAAUCAGAAAACUGGCCAAUCAGAAGAGCUUGUGUCCUGCUCAGACUGUGGUCGGUCAGGUCACCCCUCAUGUCUGCAGUUCACUCCUGUGAUGAUGGCUGCUGUAAAAACGUAUCGCUGGCAGUGCAUUGAAUGCAAGUGCUGUAACAUAUGUGGAACAUCAGAAAAUGAUGACCAGUUGUUGUUCUGCGAUGACUGUGACCGAGGUUAUCACAUGUACUGCCUCUCACCACCAAUGUCUGAACCUCCGGAAGGAAGUUGGAGUUGUCAUCUGUGUUUGGACCUUCUAAAAGAGAAAGCCUCCAUAUACCAGAGUCAGAAUGCACCCCCCUCAUGAUGAUCCUUUUGAAAAGACCCUUUCACUUUUAAACAUUCGUUCAGUCGAUCAAAUGAAAGGUGUUAAACAGAGGUUUAAGUGGAACGGAAAAGGGACGACCACCUUUACCCUCCCCAUAGUUACAAAUGAAAGGAGAGAUAAAGAGAGUUUUAAAUCUCCCAUCUUAGCAGGUUUGAUCUCAGUAUGACUGUUACACAGUUCCUAGUUUCAAACUACCCUUGCUCUUUGUUUUCAACUAUUAGUCCUUCCAAAGUGAAUGAACAUGGCAAUACAUCCAUUCUCUACUGGAUGGAAAUGCUUUUAACAGUACAUACUUGGUGUUGACCCUUCUUAGAGGAAGUCACAGUAUGAGAAUAUAUGACUCUGUUUUUGAGUUCCUGCUCAUAUUAGACCUGAAUGUUUCCACAAAUACUUAAAACAAAUCAUUAACGCAGCUUAUAUCAGCCAAAAUAAUCAUCGCUUACCCAAAAUAUGCAAAUGUACCCACACUGUUCUUUUCACAGAGAGGAAUAGUUGAAACCAAUCAGCAUGCCAAUGCUUGUUCAUAAUAAGCGAAAUAGAAAAAAGCAAAUGUGUUUUUGUAUAUUUAUAUAUUUGUAUAGCAUAUAAAGGUGUGUUGUAUUUAAGAUCUUAUAGAAACUAUAGAAAUGGUUCAUUAUAAUGGGAUUUCCUGAGGUUUAAUGAUAACCUCUCAUCUGCACAUGCCACUUAAAUACUGAAUCUAGCAGUCAACGAGUUGGUUCUAGUAAUGAAUGGUUUAAUCAUGCAAGAUAAAGUAGUGACUUGAAAUGUAUUUAUCUUCAUUUUUAGUUAUUUUGGGAUACCCUUAUAAUGCUCAGAAGAUAGGCCUUAUAGGUUCACAGGCCUGUAUAAACAGUAUGCCCUUAAACAUUAAUGACAGUUGAAAAAAAAACGAUCCGCCAACAGUACAGACUUUACUACACUGUAAACAAAAAGUUUAAACAACUUAAUAAUUCAAGUCAAUUCAACAUUUUGACUUGGAAUAAGUUGACAUAACUUAGAAAAACAAGUUUAUAUUGUUUAACUUAAUUUGUUAAGUUAAAGCAACACUAUGUAGUUUUUUUACCUUUAAAUAAUGUCUCUAAAAUUAUUUCAGUGAUAGAACAACUUUUAACUGGACAAUUUGUACUGUUGCUGCAACCUGAGCAGCCUCCUAGCUGCUACAAGCACACUCUGAAAGUGGCGGUGGAGGGUAGAGCACACAGCCCCGCCCCACCCCCUGCCUGCAGAAGAGUGUCUGAUACCAGGCACUGUUGUGCUUUUCAACCACAUGGGGGAGCUGUAAGUCAUUUUAACAUGGAAACUACAUAGUGUUGCUUUAAAGUAACAUAGAAAUAUAUUGAUAUGAUAUCAUUUUUUAAAGUGUAACGCUGGAUUUACACCAAAUGCGGUAGAGGCGGCAAAAAUGCACUAUUCGCACGUAGUUGGAUGCUUAAACAGUUUGAGUUUACUCGCUUUAUUUGCGCGUUAAAUUCUAGUCAUUCGAGACAUUCAUGUGGAAAUUCGCAUCAUGGCAGGGGCUUCUGCGACUCUGCUCGCUUUCUGUAAUCAUGUCACUACUAGAGUAAGCUCCUGAUUGGUUAAUGCAGCUUGAUUUUCCAAAAAAGGGUUUGAUUUUUAAAUUUGCCAAAGUUUCCCGCGGCAACACUCAAUUCGCUCAAUUUAUGAGGCUGUUUCUCAUCUACUGCAGCUUGAUAAACGCCUCAUUCGUGCUGCAAGACUUCCAGACCAGCGAAAAUGCGUCUUUAACUUGACUUAACAUUGAAAUUACUCACGCUUGACACCUCUACCGCGGCUGGUGUGAACGCAGCAUAAGAUUUGUAUUGUCGGAAAUCUCACAAAGUUCUAUGCCAUAAUUUUCAUGUUUACUGUAAUGACAUCAUAUUUGCAUAAAAUAAGCCAAGAAUACAUUUCACUGAUAUUUAUUAAUUUCUUUUAAACUAAAUUGAAUUGCCAAUUGCCAGUUUGUAAACGCCAGUGAACAGUUGUUCUGAAUUGAGCCAGAUUGUAUUGGAUUCAUUCAAAAUCUAAAAGCUCUGCAUGUUUAGCAGCUUAUGUAUUUUUGAUGUGGAGCGAUUUUUUUUAUUAACAAAGAAGUGUACUGUCAGAGUGCCCGUGGGAGCAUCACAUGCUCAAUAGGGUGGUAAAUACAAUACAGCAUGCUUUAAUUUAAAGGCUGCUUCUUUAAUCUAGUUUUGUGAGAUUUUUGUCAAAAGCAAAUGUGUGCCAUUUUAUUUAUUUGUGUUUUUUUUACUGAAUGUUCAUCACAAAUAGGACUUUUUCUUCAUUUCUGGAGAAAACAAAAAGGAGCUAUGAGAACAUGAGGUUUUUAGCACAUAAACAUAGCGCUAACAUGAGUAAAUUGUAGUAUUUCCUGAAUUUGGCAAAGCUUCGUUUGAAUAGCUUCCAAGAGGCAAAUAUAUGGCCGCCUUCAAAUGUUUCCCUUUGUUCCCAUCCUGUUGCAAACUAGCCCAAACAUCCUUUUGUUUAAGGAAUAAAUCCACUGGGGUUCAUCCAGUUGUCUUCCUCAGUCCUGUUCUUUGUAAAUGAAGACUGAAUUAAGAAAUUAAUUGACCCAAUGAUAAUUCUGUGUGCUCUGCAAGUCUUCGGCUCCUAUCAGCUGUAGACAUCCGUGUAGGCUUUUAUCAAAUACUGUCAGUACAUUAUUGCUUACAGAACUCAUAAACAUGUACGGUAUCUUAUCUUUUGUUUUAUUUUGCAUUCUCAGUUAAGUCACUGCAUGUUUAUCUUACAGUACGUCGUCAUUUAUACAUAGCAUUUUUGUUUACGCUCAUUCUGUUGAACUUUCACAGUACUGAAAUAGGAAAGGAUUAUCUAACAAUUUAUCUUGAUGGUAUCAGGCAACUAACUAUAAUUAAAAUAAUUAGUACAUGUAACACAUUUCCUGGAUUUUCCACAGAUGCGGUUUAUCUAGAGAGAGAAAGAACCAUUUCAUGAUUUUGCUUUAUUUUGUGUUAUUCAAAAUGAUUAUUUGUGGAUUAGGUUGUGGGAUUUUUUCAGAUGUAUGGUACACUUUUUCCUAAAAAAAAAUAAAACACUGUCACUGACCAUAUUUUGUGUUUAGAGAAAACUAAUUCCUUAUUCAUCUCUACUUGAUCGCUGUACCAAAUACAGUACGGUGCAAAAGUCUUAGGCCACCACCACCAGACUUGUUUUAAUGUCCAUCCAUAUUUAUUUUCAAUCUAUUUUUAUUAAGAUACAAACAGAAAAUACAGGAAAUAUGUACAAAAAAUAAUUUUCAGGACUAAAUGUCGUCUUUAGGCAACGUCUGUGUUUAGCGUGACCCUUCUUGGCACUAAACACAUCUUGAGCAUUUUGAGCAUAAUGUAAAAAUACAAAAUUCUUUACAAUUAGAAAUUAGGAUUUAAUUUCAUUUAGGUUUAAGAGAUCCUGCAGUUUCCUGCUAUUGCUCAAUUGGAGUCGGAGUUUACCCUGAAAACUUGACACAUCAGUUUUUAAUACUACAUACACAUUUCCUGUAGUUUCUGGAUGUAUAAAGAGACUGAGAAACAAUAAUAUAUGAUCACUAUAACAUUGCAAAAACAACAAAUCUAAUUCUGGCAUGGUGGCCUAAGACUUUUGCACAGUACUGUAACUAGCUAAAGUCAUCUUUUUUUUACAUAAAAAAAUUAUCUCACGUGAUGUACAGAACAUUCUGUGAAAGUAUAAUCUUGAUAUCUUUAAUAUUGACUAAGAUCAUCAAAUUUUAAUGCUCAUAAUCUCAUAAUUUUGAGGGUCACAUAUUGAUAGAUAAGUAAAAAAACAAUAAACAAAAAUGCUUAAGUAAUUUGACCCUUACAUUUGAUCUGUGAAAUGAAAAAUAAUAUAAAAACUGACUGCGUUUGCUCCAAACACACUGCUGUUGUUUAUUGGGCUGAUGUUCAUUGCAACUUUAAAAUGAUUAUGUAGUAAUCCCAUGUAGCAACAAAGUAAUUUUUUAAGAGCUGUUGUCACAACACUUUGGUCGGAUGUUGAGUAAAUUUUAACAUUAACCAGUACUGCUCAUGGAAAGAAUUUUCCUAAUGGAAUGUUGUGACAUUUUGUAAUGAAUCUGUAUUUAGAAAACCCUUCAAAUGAUUGCUUUAUGCAUUCCAUCUAUGCAUAAGGCAAAGCAAAAAUGGCAUACAGCUCUUUUUGGAUGUGCUGUGUGGUCGAAAAUCAUGUUGUGUUAAACUGAAUUCAAAAUGAAUACGUGUGUAAAUGCUGAAGGGAAAAAUAACACACAUAGUAGUUAUAGAAA